AUGUACCCGCUGCUGCUCUUCACAGUAAUUAUUACUGUCCUCUCCGGUCCGGUGGAAGCGUCAAACCCGUUUGCAGACCUCAUCGUGUCUGACACCCCCAUGGACGGAACCUACUCCGACAUCGACGGCAACCCAUAUGGCGCAGCGAGCCCUUUCUACGUAGACCCCAGUGUCUUGCACAUGCCGCCGCUCGGCUUCGAUCGUACGCAACCAGACCUAGCACCGAUAUACGACUUUGUCAACGAGGGGCAGCCCUUGCUCAGAGAGCACGUCCAAGUCAUGGAUGCGAACGAGACCAUGGUGCAGCCAGCCACUGUGCAAGCGCAUGUUGAAGAUACCUAUAACCCUGGUGAUCGCUUAGCGACACCACGCAAUCGGAAGCGACAACCACCUCGCCCGGGUGGUUUCCAUUGCGACAAGGACGGCUGCAGUAAGACUUUCAACCGUCAAUGUGAUUUGAAGUAA